ACGGCUAAACGGCCCAAUCCAAAAAGCUCUCUCUCUCUCUCUCUCUCUCUCUCUCUCGCUAUCUUCCUCUUCUUCCAAGAAAAACCCCAGGGCAUCUUAUUCUCUUACCAAUUGAAUUCCAAUUUCAAUUUAUCUCAUCAAAUCAUUCCUAAUUCCUUUUCACUUUUCUGUAUUCUCAAUUUCUUAUACAAGAAAAUGUCAUCGGAGAUCGAGGUGGUGGAGGAGGAGGUUCAAUUUAUUAAUGGGGAGUCGGCAUCUGUUAAUGGAGCCAAUGGGAUCGGUGAUGGAGGCGUUGUGGGCGAAGAGAGUUUGAGGAACGAUGUUUACACUGCUGCUGCUUAUGGGGAUUUGGAGAAGCUUCAGAGAUUGGUGGAGAGUGAGGGUUGCUCUGUUUCCGAGCCUGAUAGUCUUGGAUACUACGCGUUACAGUGGGCCGCUUUGAAUAAUCGGACUGCCGCUGCUCAGUACAUCAUUGAGCAUGGAGGACAAGUAAAUGCAGUAGAUCAUACUGGGCAGACAGCAUUGCACUGGAGUGCAGUUCGGGGUGCAAUCCAAGUUGCAGAGUUAUUACUCCAAGAGGGUGCUCAAGUAACUGCUUCUGAUAUGUAUGGCUAUCAGGCAACACAUGUUGCAGCUCAAUAUGGUCAGACAGCUUUCCUGUAUCACAUUGUCUCAAAAUGGAAUGCUGACCCCGAUGGUCCUGAUAAUGAUGGAAGAAGCCCUUUACAUUGGGCUGCUUAUAAAGGUUUUGCUGAUUGUAUACGCCUUCUAUUGUUUCUGGAUGCUUAUAGAGGACGCCAGGAUAAAGAGGGUUGCACUCCUCUCCACUGGGCUGCAAUUAGGGGUAACUUGGAAGCUUGCACAGUAUUAGUACAGGCAGGCAAGAAAGAAGACUUAAUGGUGGCUGAUAACACUGGCCUUACACCGGCCCAGCUUGCAUCUGACAAGAAUCACAGACAAGUUGCUUUUUUCCUUGGAAAUGCUAGGAGGUUGCUUGACAAACGAUUUGAUGGGAACAGCCGCCUGGGACGUCUCUCAAAGUUGGGGCUUGCUCCUGUACUUUGGUUUAUAAUACUACUACUUUUGGCGACCUAUAUUCAUUCUGUAAUCACAGAUUCUAAUCUACCAAGGCUAACAACUAGCUUUGGCCUUCUUGCCUGGUUGGGUGUUUUCCUAGCAACUGCUGGACUUUUUAUGUUUUAUAGGUGUAGCAGGAAGGAUCCAGGUUUCAUUAGAAUGAAUGUGCACGAUCCACAUAGCAUGAAAGAUGAUGAACCUCUUUUGAAGAUUGAGAUAAAUAAUCCUGCAUUGCUAGCUGGAAAUUGGUCUCAACUCUGUGCAACAUGCAAGAUUGUUAGACCUCUUCGUGCAAAGCAUUGUUCCACGUGUGAUCGUUGUGUUGAACAGUUUGAUCAUCAUUGCCCUUGGGUAUCUAAUUGCAUUGGCAAGUAUGGCUUUUCCCUGCUUCUGGUGCAGAAAAACAAAUGGGAUUUCUUUGUGUUUCUUGUUCUAGAAGUUUCAGCUAUGUUGAUUACUGGUGCUGUGGCUCUGACAAGAGUUCUGACUGAUCCUGCAGCUCCCUCUACAUUUGCAGCAUGGAUAAACCAUGCUGGGACUCAUCAUAUUGGUGCUGUUUCAUUUCUGAUAGUGGAUUUUUUCCUGUUCUUUGGUGUGGCAGUAUUAACUGUUGUGCAAGCUUCUCAGAUAUCUCGCAAUAUAACAACAAAUGAAAUGGCAAAUGCUAUGCGUUAUAGCUAUCUAAGAGGGCCAGGUGGUCGCUUUAAAAACCCUUAUGAUCAUGGCAUCAGAAAGAAUUGUUCAGAUUUCUUAGUACUGGGCUACAAUGAAGAUGUAGAAUAUAUUGAAGACUCUGCACAUUCUGAGGGGAUUGAUAUGAUGCACAUGGCAAGGAAUUCGAACUCACAAAAUGGGGAUGCUCACUCUCAUCACAUCAAUGGCAAUGGGCAUGUUGCAAUUAAUGUAAAUUCAGACACUAAAGUCCAUCAGUGUCAUCCCAAUUCUUCCCAUUGCUGCCAUAAUAACCAAAACCAUAAUCAUGCAAAGUCCAAAACAGAUAGCAUUCCUGUGGGCUUGGGUCUUGGUCUUGGACGGAGCACUGCUCGGACUGUUGCAGCUUCAUGAUGUUGUGUCCACAACCAUUGAGUGUAGAAGCGAGCUUCGUGAUGUUAUGUCCACAACCAUGAGUGUAGAAGCGGAAGCCGAUGUGUGCUGUAUUAUAACACAUUUCUAUUAGCUUUUGUAAUUUAAUUGAUUGUUGCUCUUUUUGGCCUCCCAAUGGCGUUUAGUCUUGUACAAAUUGUACAUUUAGGAGGUUAUAUUGGUCAUCAACGUUCGCUGCAGAUUUGGCAUUCCGUUGUGAAAAUGGAAAGCGAGUAAAAUAGUGAACAGCUGCCAUUCUUCCUCUCGGCUGCAUCUUCUUCCUAGUUGUUAGUUUCUGUGGAUGGGCUACACAAAAAGGUAGUUCUCUCCUUUUUAAUAACCAUCCAAUUUGAAUGUGAAAUCAUAUUAGAAACUUGAAAUCCUAGCCCCUGGAGUGUCCUCUUCUUGUUUUCUUGAAAUUAUAUGAAAAAGCUAAUUGUUUGGCAA